AUGAGGGUGGCUGAGACGGCGGUUUUGGGAUCUGAUCCGGCUAACGGCGGAGCUUACUUGGCAGGGAUGGCGACGGCACAGGACAAAGCCGUGGAUCUAAAGUCACGUGGGUAUCACAUGAUACUCGGAGCUACUGAUGUGCCUUUGUUUAAGAAGGCGGUGGUUGACGACGUCAAAAGUUUUAAGCUUGGGUCUUCGUAAAUUUAUUAUGAUAUAUUUUGACGUAAUUAUAAGUUUUAUAUGAUGAUGAAUAAGUUGUUUUUGUCGGAGAUGUUUUGUGCCAAGGAUAUGUAUGUAAGAG